AUGAUGGUUUCGCGUAUUUGGCCUGUACUGAUACUGGGUACCAUUUGGAUUCUCAAUCUCCUCCAGCCAAUUAGGUCAGCAGAGGUUAAAAAUUGCGAACAGGUAUGCAGCGGCGGCGGCGACGGAGGACGGGUCCCGUACCCUUUCGGGUUCUCAUCGGGCUGCCCGAUUCAGCUCAAUUGCUCCGCCGGGGAGAUCCGAAUCGGGGAGUUUCGGGUCCAGAACAUCACCCCCGACGGAGUAAUCGUCGCCGUCCCGGCGAAAUGCAACCGGCCGCUCGAUUCUAUAUCAUCCCUCUUCGGUUCCAACUUCGCACCCGCCUGGCGGACCAGCUUGCUCCUCCAGAACUGCAGCGGCGGCGGCGGACGGACGGGCGGCGGCGGGUGCGUGAUCCCGACGAGCUCGAUCCAGAACCAGCUGAACGUCAGCGGCGGGUGCGAUUCGAGGAGCGACAACGUGACCUGCUUCUCGGCGGAGAACACGGGCGCGGCUGUGCUGAGCUACGGCGACGUGAGCGCGACCCGCUGCAAGUUCGCGUUCACGGCGGUGGCGCUCGGGUCGGGUUCCGAGGACCCGGUGGUGUCGCUGGAGCUCCAGCGAGCCCAGCUGGAGUGGUGGCUCGACGGGAGCUGUGCGGAGAACCGGACCGGUUCCUGCUCCCGGCUCGCCGACUGCCGGGAUGUGAGCCUCGGUGGCGGCGAGGGAAGUAAGUCGGGGUUCCGGUGCCGGUGUCGGGAAGGACUCGUCGGCGACGGGUUUGGCCGCGGUGGUUGCCGGAAAGCUUCCAACUGCAACCCAUCGAAGUACAUGUCCGGGGAAUGUGGAGGAACCACAAGAGUCGGCGUUCUCGUCGGAGGCCUAGUCGCCGGAGCUGCACUAAUGGCAGCGGUAGCCUUCCUCUGCUACUGCCUGCGCCGGCGCUCCACCUUCCUACGACACCGUCAGAGCGCCAAGCGCCUCGUCUCCGAAGCAGCCGGCAACUCCAGCGUCCCCUUCUACGCUUACAAAGACAUCGAGCGAGCCACCAACGGGUUCUCCGACAAGCAGCGCCUCGGCACCGGCGCAUACGGCACCGUCUACUCCGGCAAGCUCCACAACGACGAGUGCGUGGCCAUCAAGAAAAUCCGACACAGGGACACCGACAGCAUCGACCAAGUGAUGAACGAGAUCAAGCUCCUCUCCUCGGUCAGCCACCCGAACCUCGUCCGCCUCCUCGGCUGCUGCAUCGAGUCAGGGGAGCAGAUUCUGGUCUACGAGUUCAUGCCGAAUGGAACCCUCUGUCAGCAUUUGCAGAGGGAGAGAGGGAAGGGACUUCCAUGGCCGAUUCGACUGGCGGUUGCCACCGAAACGGCUAACGCCAUUGCCUAUCUACAUUCUGCAGUCAAUCCGCCAAUCUACCACAGGGACAUCAAAUCCAGCAACAUACUGCUCGACUACAACUUCAAAUCGAAAGUGGCCGAUUUCGGGCUGUCUAGGCUCGGGCUGACGGAGAAUUCCCACGUGUCGACGGCUCCACAGGGGACGCCGGGUUAUCUGGAUCCACAGUAUCAUCAGUACUUCCAUCUCUCAGACAAGAGCGACGUGUACAGCUUCGGAGUCGUGCUGGUGGAGAUCAUCACAGGGUUGAAGGUGGUCGACUUUUCACGACCUCACAGCGAGGUCAACUUGGCAGCCCUUGCCAUAGACAGGAUUGGCAGAGGUGAGGUGGAUGACAUCAUUGACCCUUACCUCGAGCCGCACAGGGACGCGUGGACGCUGUCGUCGAUUCAUAAUGUUGCCGAGCUUGCGUUCAGGUGUCUGGCAUUUCAUCGCGACAUGAGGCCUUCGAUGACCGAGGUGGCUCAGGAGCUGGAGAACAUCAGGCUCAGCGCUUGGAUCGUUCCCGACGUGUACCUUGGAUCGCCAGGGCGUUCCUCGACUUCAUCAGGGGACGACGAGGACGAUGGUAGAAGCGAGAAAUCGCUGGCCACCAAGAAGGCUAGCAUCGAGAGCAAGAGGCUGUUUGUUCCGGAGAGGAACCAGGUGGAGUAUUUGAGUUCACUGGAGGAAGGAGUGAAAGAUAGCUCCCCUGUUUCGGUGCAGGAUCCUUGGUUCAGUGAGCAGAGCUCGCCUUCAUCGAAUAGCUUAUUGGGUAAUGCUCAGUGA